UGCAUUUCUGCACACAUUGUACAGGUCUUUGUAUUGUGGAAGUUGUGUUUGUGUAUUUUGCCACUUGAUUCAAGGCGGAUUCAAUCAGCUACCCAGCAACUACACCAUAAAGCUGGUCAAUGUCACCCUGAAAGAUGAACACAGUACACACUUCAGCCAGGUGGUUGGUAGUGACGGUGUUUUUGAUCAACGCUACUGUCAUCACGGCAUGGACGACGACGACUAAUUCCGGGUCUGUGUAUGAUUCCAUUAACACGACCCCCGAACCAUUAUGCAGAAGCGACACCUGUCUGAACGGUGGCACUUGCCGGGAACUUGAGGACUGGGAGUGUAGCAAUGAUCUGGAUGUAGAACACACUGUUUGUUUGUGCACACCGACCUUCACGGGAACUCGGUGUGAAUACAGCAUCAAGUGUGGAGGGCAGACCUGUCGACUCAACGAGCACUGCGUGAACGACAAGUGUGUUAGCCUCACAGACAGCGCAGAGUCCAAAGCCCCACAGUGUAAACCCGGAGUCCACCCCCUGACUUACCAGUUGGACAUGCUAGACAGGAAGAAGCCCAUAGUGUGUCUAGACAUGUACUACACCAACGCGAGUUCCUACUGUCAUGACAAAGACGACUCCAUUGAGUUCCAGAUCGUUCAAGAAGAGGUGGAGAAUUUGUUUUGUCUCAACCUCGACUAUCGCCUUUGGCAAACGUGUCUGCACGUUAAUGCAACAUUCAACAAGUACAAUUUUCCAGACAAACCAGUUUCAAAGGUUACAUUGAUAGCCAAGGAGAACGACAUGCACCCAAGAACUGACACGAUAGUGUUCAGCGUCACAUUCAACACCGCCCCUAAAGUAGAGAUGACGUCAAAGACGUACGUUGUCAACGUCGCUACACAGGGCCCUCAGGUUCAAGUCAACAUCUCCAAGGUGUUCGGCGUUUCAGAUAACGACACUGUGACGUACGACAUCAGAGUCCCUCAUCCUCAAGUUGGUAUCGUCAGGUACACAGGACAACUAAAGGUUAACUUUAUCGAUGGGAACGAGAAGGACAUAUCAGUAGAUAUUGAGAUCAAAGAUACUGGUAUUCCGAAAUUGACAACUGUGGUGACAGUCAAAAUAGAAUUUCUAAUCUUGAGCUGUGACAUGAGAGAACAUAUUUACGUCAAUUAUCAACACAUUGGAAACCCCGUCGGUAAACUAAACUGUCGGAUAAGCAAAGGAUAUGACAUGUCGGAUCUCUACAUCUUCUUCGUUACGGAUGAAGACUUGAUGCUGAAGCUUCUGCCUGAUGGAAUCCUGAAGGUCGUCAAAGGAGAAUACGGAGAAAGAAAUGUAUCGAUGUCAGUCAAUUUGAAAGGAGACUCGGGCGAGAUCAGCGUCACCGUUUCCUUUAGUAUAACCAUUGCUGACAUUUGGACAGGAUCUUACGAGCUCCUGAACAGGAGGUGGGAACAGGUCUACGCCGAUCAGAGAUAUUCCCAGUUCAUGUUACUGCAAUCAGACGUCACUAACCAGAUGCAGCAAAUCUUCAGGACGCAAAACGUGGGCGUCACGGUCAACGUCGAGAUGUUCAGCAAGAGUAGUAGCAACUAUGUGAACGUUCACUUCAUCCUCAUCUUUCCAAAUGGAGACAAUUCUGCGAGUGCAGUUACGGAACUGAGAGGCUCCAUUUACAAUGGAUCUGUAGGGAGCAUGAGAGUGAACGAGACAAGCCUCAUCAUUAGCAAUCGAGUUGGCUCCACCCAGGUAUCAAAGAUCGAGUAUUCCUCACCGGACGCCUCAAACACACCGGGAUUCACCAAGGGCAACACCGAGAUACAACUGACGUGCACUGGUACCUUUGUCCAACCUGUUGGUGACGUGACAAUGGAGUGGCGGAUGACGUCCAGGAAUGCACUCGUUGUACCCUUGUCCAACUCUCGACUACAGACAAACCUCACGAGUCCUUAUGAAGGGCAUUACGUCGGAACACUCACCGCUGCUAACAUCUUGUUCAAAGAUUCAGGAGAUUUUCAGUGCAGUCUCAGGGAUGAGGGUGGGCUGAUAUCAAGUCAGAAGAUGAACGUACUCGUUAUACCCCGUCCAGUAGUAACUCUCCUGCCUCUGAAGAGUGUCGUCAUAAGAUCUGGUGAAGAUAUCACAAUCAGCUGCAACUUGACACGGCCGUCGGUCUUUGAGUCGACCACGACCUUCCACUGGUACCAGAAUGGACAAAAGACAGUGGGAUCAGGUUCCCGGCUUAAAGUCUCUGGCAGUGGAUUUCUGAACGCAACUUACUUCUGUGAGGGUGAAAAUGAUGUCGGUUUGGGGGAGAGAAGUCAAUCUACAACCGUGACCGUUAUUGGAGCUGAGGUCCUCCGAUGUGACAAGGAAGGAACCUGGCAUGGGACGCGGGCUGGUUCUACUGCGGAAUAUCCUUGCCCUACGGGUGGCACAGCGGUAAUUACUCGCCACUGUGGUGAGGAUGGCCAAUGGUUGGACGAGGACAGUGGUCAGUGCGCCGUGCGACGCUUAGAACGGGUCAUUGAUGAUAUUGAGUGGAUUGAAGAGGGUCUGCGAGUCGCGAACAUCUCCAGCGUUGCCAGAGCAAUCUCGGAGAGUACACAGCCCAAUGAACUGUCCAGCAAGUGGAUCGUUCUAUCACUGCAGGCUCUUGGUCGGCUGUUGAACCUUAUCAAAGGCUGCAUCGUCACUGACAGCAAAGAGGAGACAAAACAGUUCAUAGAGGGAUUCCUGGCGAGCGUCAGUAAUAUUCUUGAUUCACGGACCGUAGGCGAAUGGAAGAAACUGAAGGAUACAGCGACAUCGCCAACUACGGUGCUUCAGCUACUGGACAGAAUGACCGAUGUAACAACCAACUGUCUGGACGAAGGAGAUGUCUUCACUGCCGAGUCAACUAACAUUGAACUGAAGGAAGGUAAAACAGAUCCUGCAGCUGUGGAAAGUAUAGAGUUUUCUACCAACUCGGAUUCCAACACUGGCACAAGUAAAGUCAAUUUGAAGCUGGACAGCAAGACUCUGAAACAAAUGACAGCAGAUGCAUCAGUAAGAUUCAGCUCAAUAUUCUAUAAGAACAUUUCAUCUCUACUUCCGACCGGAGGACAAGUAGUUGAAUCAGCAGGGGGUGCCACUGGCAAGAAUGGAUCCAGAAGACUGGUGGUCAACUCGGGUCUCCUCGCCUUUAACCUAUUUCCUGCUCCAGCGAAAACGCUCGAUCCGCCAUUGAAGAUGACCUUGAUUCAUACAGAUCUUUCUCUAAAUGGUGAAGAUCGAAUGUGCGUCUACCUGAAUACAUCACAGGGCCUGUGGGAUUCUAAGGGAUGCAAUGUCAGUAUGUCAGGAACAUCUUCCACAGAGUGCUCCUGUGGUCAUCUGACGAACUUUGCUGUACUUAUGAGUCCGGACGCUAAACAGAUUUUAAUACGUCACCCUUUGACACCGGCAGAAAUUGCUUGUUGCAGCGUGGCGAUUGUGUUGUUGGUCGUCACAGUCGUCGUGUACGCCGUCACGUGGAGGUACAUAAGAUCUGACCAAGGUGUUAUCGUAAUCCACAUAUGUGUGUGUCUUGCUGUUGCUCUGCUUCUGCUCCUGAUUGGGAUAGGAAGGGACGAAUUUGGUCUCUGCAUUGCCUUCGCCGUGGCCGUUCAUUUCUUCUACAUGGCCACUUUCUUUAUGAUGCUCGCUUCCGGUCUCGAGGCAUUGUGGUCUGACUCGAACCUGCUCCCGAACAGGUCCAAACUCAAGCCCCUGUUAAUUGGAGCUUGGGGUUUGACCGUGCUAGCAGUCAUAAUCUCAUGUUCUCAGUUGCAAGCCUAUGAACCAGACCUGCAUUGCUGGUUGUCGCUCAUGGGUGAUAUGAAAUGGCUGUUCGUUGUUCCUGUGCUCCUCAUCCUCAUCGUUAACUUCGUUGUAACUGGGAAAAUGAUACAUAAUCACCUGGCGAGACGGGCUGCACGACUCCAAGAUGACCAAGGAAAGGAAGCGAAAUCUCUCCACUGGAUGUGCUUCAUGAUACCGGUCCUUGGCUUGUCCUGGAUUCUCGGCCUCUUGACCGUUCAAGAUGGAAGCGAUGUUUAUGACUAUCUGUUUGCAAUCAUCAACGUUCUGCAGGGAUUGAUAAUCUUCAUUACACAGUGUAUCGCCAACAAACAUGUCCGUAAAGGUAUUGCUAGUUUACGACGACCACGUGAUCAGCGCACCACAGAGCGCGAACUUGAAAUGGAUGCAUUGAGGGAAGAUGCAGACAAGAAAAAUGAUGCCCGAGCAAGUGGAGCCUACCAUUACAUAGAUAAUACCCAGCGUAGUAGUGGGGCAACAGACCUUCAGCAGUAUGAGUCCCUUGAGGCUUCACAGCAUAUUGAAAACGUUUACGAAGAUAUGGACCGCACAGCGACACAAACAGGAUUGUUUGCAAAGGAGUUCAGUGAAGAAAAUCAGUAUGCGAACGAGCAGGCGAAUCCUGUUGGCGGGGCGAACAGGAUGCCAGAUCCUGCCAAGUCUGGAGACGGUGGCAAGCUACCCUCGGAUGUCUUGUACAGAAAUAUCCAAGAAACGGAAAGAAGACCAAUGAUACCUUCCCGUGGGAACCGGAGAUAAGAAUUGUGUGCUCUUCCGUGAACGUGAAGCAGUGUUGACCAAGGUGGACGAAACUUGCCUUCUCCACGCCUGGAUUGAGGGGAAUGUUAAUGUUCUACGAUAUUUUAUUUUGAAUAGUGGGUAGUGCAUUCACGUGCUAAAACAUCUGAAAUGAGCUUAAGUCAUGUCCGAGUCGCUGGUAGUAUGUGCACCAUAUUCAGUAUCUAGUUACCAUAGGCAAACACAUGGUAUAUGGACAAGAUCUUGUAUGGUUAUUCUAACAUUUCAAUGUAAGUCAGCACAA